UGAGCACCUUCCCUGGCCGAGUGGCACCGAAUCCUCAUCGCCCAGCCAAACCCCCCUGGACGGAGAGCGACUCGGCAAGGCCACUGGCACUCGCAGAGCACAGGCUGGGUGCGCUGAGCUGCCGUGCUCCUACAGCUCCAGCCCCCGCAUCGGAGGAUCGGAUCAGCUGCAGGAUCCCCCCAGCACCUUCCCCCAUCCCAGACCGUGGGGCACGGCUCUUCAUUUGCACUCUGCUCGCCUGAGCCGUGCCAAGGACGAAGCCCCAGCAUCGGCAGGAUGGCACGGGCAGCCACCGCUCUCUGCCUCCGUUUCUCCACAGACCUCCUGAAAGCAGCAGUGGCUACCCUGGUCAUCGGAGCCGUCCUGUCAGCCACUGAGCAACACGCCCACCUCUCAGCCUCCGUCCUGCAAGGUUUCCAGUGCAUCCCAGCCAGUAACCUGCCCGCCACCGACAUCCUCGCGUUUGCCCAGGGACUGCAGAACGAAAGAGUGGAGCUGAGCAGCGCCCAGCUGUCCUGCCUGGCCAGGCUGCUCGCUGCCAAGAACCUGACGGCUGAUUUCAGCAGGUACCCGCCAGACCUGCUGCUCUUCUUUGACUCAGCCGAGGUGCGCAGUGGGACCUGCGGAGCAUUUUAUGCCCAGGCUUCCCGCGGGAACCUGGACCUGCUGCCACGGGGCUCAGCCCGGAGGACGGGGCUGCUGCGUGGGGCGCUGGCCUGCCUGGGGGUGAGGAGCAGCCGCCUGCGCCCCGAGCAGCUCGGCGGCCUCGGGGCACUGGUGUGUGACAUGGAGCCAGAGACCAUCACAGCCUCAGACACCGGCAUCCUGGAGAACCUGAAGCUCUGCCCAGAGCUGACAGGGGCCCAGCAGGAUGCCCUCAACGCUGUGCUCCUCGGGGGUGUCACAGCAUACGGGGAUCCUUCGAGCUGGGAUUUACAGACUCUGCAAAAUUUGGGGCCGCUCGUGCUGGCAUUGAAUCAGACCACGCUGAGCUUGGUGGCUGAGGCAGCACGGGAGGCUUUCCGCACGGCCACAUACAGCAGCCAGGGACAUUCCCAGCGGGAGAAGAUCCUGACCUUCCUCAGGGCCUUCGCAGCAGUGUCAGCUUCAUCUCAUCCCAGGCUGAAGCGGAGCACAGACCGCUGCCUGUCCAGGCCCAUCACGGCCAGCACCAUCUCCGACUCCCUCAUAUUCAGCUACUACGACACCAGCGAGCAGUUCGACCUCUGCCUGAGCAAUGAGGUUUUAAAAGCAAACCUGAAGGCUCUGCUGGAACAGCCGCUCACCAAGGAAUACCUCUGCAUCGUUAAAAAAAAGCUGGAGCAGAUUUACCCGUCAGGGAUCCCAGAGAAGGAGCUGAAGGUGCUCGGGCCACUGUCCCAGCUGUACACGGCAGAGGAGAUCAGCCUGUGGCCGGUGACAUCCAAUGACACACUCCUGGCCCUGCUCAAGACCUUGGAUACCAAGUGGAGCACUCCCCAGGUCCAGCAGCUGGUCAGCAGGUACCUGGCCCUGGGGGGCACCUUGACUGGGCCCUUGCUUCAGAAAAUUGGGGGGCCAAACCUGUGCAAUCUGCAGGAGGGGCAGCUCGAACAAAUAUCUCCAGAAGCAAUCAGGACUGCCGGACAAUUAAACAUUACUUCUUGCUCUCAAGCCAAGAAGGACCAACUCUACAAAAAAGCCCAGGAGGCCUUUGCUGGCCAGGCUGGCACCACCAGGGCAUAUUACUGCCGGAUUCAGCCAUAUCUGGGUGGAGCUCCAGCAAAGGACCUGAAAGAUUUGGCUAAAACUGGGGUCGCCAUAGACAUGGACAAGGACACCUUUCUUGCCCUAAACCCUGAUGAACUGCAGAAACUCAGCGUCAUGGACGUGAAAAAUUUGCUUGGGGAAAACCUGCCUUCCCUGAAGGAAGCUGAAAAUGAGACCUUGGUGAUGCUCUGGGUGAAGAGACAGUCCCAGCGGGAACUGGACAGUAUCCUGGGAAUUGGCCUGCGAGGGGGGACGGAGGAGUCUGUCCCCACGGAUACGGCCACCCCUCCUCACUCCACUGCCUUGGCCAGUGUCACCCCCGUGGCUACCAUGCCCACGCCCACCACCCUCCUUGCUGUCCCCACCCCUAUUUCCAUUAACAGCCUCCCCACCGCUCAUCCAAGCAUCAGCCCCACCCCAAGCGCUACCAGCCUGACCUCCCCCACCAGCGCUCCCAGUGCUGGGAGUCCCCCUGCCACCUCCACCGCCCGACCUGCUCUGACCACCAGCUCCAUCAUCCCAUGCUCCAUCCACCAGUCUGCCACCUCGAAUAAGGCCACCCCCGCCGCUGUCACCCUCCUCGCCACCACCCUUGCCUCUGUCAACCCCAAUGGCACCUCUCCCCACUCCAUCCCACCCCCUACUCUCACGCACAGGGCCAGCACCAGCAUUGUUACCAACCCGGCUGUUACCACUCACAACACCAGCACCCUACCGGUGCCCACGAACCCCCCAGCACCCGGGGACACAGCCAACCCCACUCCUGCCACCCGUAACACUGCUACACUGAGCACCCACAAUGCUCCCAGCACCCUUGUCCCUAACUCCACGCCUGCACCCGCUGCCACAGAAACGAGCCUCCCUCCCCACAAGCCCACCCUGAUUCCCAACUCCACCAUCUCCACCCAAAGCGUCAUCUCCUCAACAGCCAAGACUACAACAUUGGCUUGCAAGACCAGUACCCGCCCAGCAUUUCUCAGCCCUUCUUCCACUCCCACCAGCAGUGAGACCACUAAAAACCCACCCACAGGCACGCCAGAGUCACUGACAUCAACACCCAACGGAUACAUCAACCUGCAACCUGGAGCUGGAUCAUCAGGAUCCAGACUCUCCUCCUGCAUAGUGCCCAUACUGAUGAUGGCCGUGGGAAGCUCUCUGCUGCAAGGGUUUCUCUGACACCGCCACCUCCGGCACCGUAUGCGCUGGAUCCGUCCUUUAAUUUUCGCCAUCCUGCAAAAUAACGGUGCUGGCAAAUUACCUGCUGAAAAGCAGAAACUCAGGAAAGAAACAGAGUUUGUCCAUUUGAUCCCAGCAUGGAACUUGUUCAUUAUUUCUGAGGCUGGGCAG